AUGAAACUAGAUGAUACUCUAUUAAUUUAUAAACGAUUAAACUGUUCUUGUACGAGACAACUGAAGAAAUCGAUACUGGUGAUAGACGAAACAAAAUCAUCAUUAUGUAGUCAAUUUUCUACAUUACGUGGAGAGAAUCAGUCAGUUAUAUCGAUUAGUUUAUUCGGUCCAAAAGAAAAUGCCAUGUUUUCGUUCAACAGAACAAUAACAUUUUUGUAUGAACUAAUUGCUGAUAUGUACACUAUUUAUCCGGGAUGGAUUCUAAGAAUACAUCAUGAUUCAACGAUUGGUUCAUCAAUCAUAUGUCAGAUUGAAUGUCAACAUCUGAUUGUCGAUUUUUGCGAUAUGGAUUCAGUACCACAACAUGGAAACGUAAGCGACUUUGUACCACCAAAAAUAUGGAGAUUCCUUCCAGCUGGUGAUACAUUUGUUAAAGUAAUGAAUAGUCGAGAUUUAGAUUCAGCCUUAACACAACGUGAAUUAGAUGCUGUGACAGAAUGGCUUAAAAGUAACAAAUCCUUCCAUACCAUGCGUGAUCAUCCCUAUCAUGGUGUACCAAUGCUAGGAGGUAUGUGGGGGUUUCGCACAGAAUUGAAUCGUGCCUUUUCGAGUGAAUUUUUAAAAAAAAUACUUGAUCGUAAUUUGAUUAGUCGAUACGGUGGACGUGGUGAUCAAACUUUUUUAUCCGAUCAAAUAUGGCCUCGAAUACAAAAUGAUGUUAUCGCACAUGACAGUUUUCUCUGUCAGACAUCGUAUGGAAAAAACUCUCAUCCAUUUCCCACACGGCGCCCUCCAUUCAAUCAAACAAAUUGUUUUAUAGGUUGCGUACGACCGUGCUGUGGUACAAGUAAACCGUUCUCCGAGUGUCCAAUUGCCUGUAGGCCAAAGAAUCAUGCAGACUGGACUGCGUGCUAG